AUGCGUGUUUCCACACUGCACAAAGCUAUGCACAAUGAAGAGGAUCAGUGUUUAACUUUAUCGCCUGUGUUUGAGCAUCAAUUUAAUCCAAUAUGGUUUACGAAAGGAAAGGACACCUUAGUUUCUCAUGUUCACGACCUUGGAGAAAACUGUGCCUCCAAACUCUAUUUUGGUGAUACUGCCGAUAUAACUAAAAGUAAAAAUGGUAUAGAAAAAACAGGUAAAGACUAUUCAUUUAAUGAUGCUCUGUGUGUUUUAGAAUCGAGGAUAGGUAAAAAAAAAAAGCCUACUCAGAACAGUAGUAUGACGGUCAAUCGUCUGUUGGACCGACUUAAUAUGAGGCCUAUUUUCAACAAAAUGCGGUUCGUCCACAUUGCAGGGACUAAGGGCAAAGGUACAACCGCGGCCUACACGUCUGCACUUUUACAGACGUAUGGAUUAAAGGUUGGCCUCUUUACAUCGCCUCAUCUGAUAGAUAUCCGUGAACGUAUUUUGGUUGACAACUUAAUGUUUUCUCAACAUACAUUUGCUCGUUACGUUUUUGAGCUUCAUGAACGACUUGAGGCUCUUAAGUAUUCGGAACGUGAUCUGGAUAGAGAUGAUGCAUCCAGCAUCGGUUAUUUUGCCUUUUUAUUUUUGUUAUCCUUGCACAUCUUUGCUGCUGAGCAUGUCGAGGUGGCCAUCAUGGAAGUUGGGAUCGGUGGGCGCAAGGACACCACCAACAUCAUUCCUUCCGAAGUAACUCUUAUUACGGCGAUUGACUACGACCAUAUGGAUCUUUUAGGAAAUACCAUUCAGUUGAUUUCGCACGAGAAGGCCGGUAUCAUGAAACCUAACGUGGUAUGCUUUGCGUCACCCCAGCAGGACCACCCUGAGGUGCGUUGUGAGCUGGAGGGUGUGGCCAAGGCCACUCAGGCGCCCUUCAUGUUUCUGGACGACUCAGUUUUCCCCAUAAAGAGCUGGCCGCGUCUGGCCGUUGGAGGUGAUCAUGCGAUCGAAAACAGCAAGCUAGCCUUCAUGGCGGCGCGACAAAUCGCCGGGAUACCACCUGUAUUGCCUUUGGAUGAGGUAGAGUGGACAGUUCUUCGCACGAUGAAGUUCGCCGGACGCUCACACGUUAUUCCCUUUGGUGAUGACAACGAUUGCGUAUUUUAUUUGGAUGGGGCACACACGGUGGCGAGUCUUGAACACGCCACCAAGUGGUUUCUGGAAGUCAGUGCUACCCCUCCUGGCAAUAGACUAAUAGGCGAAGAAGGUGUGAGCAAGGAGCCUCGUCGAGUUUUGCUAUUUUUUACCUUACGAGACCCAAACCGCAUACUAAAAGCAUUUAUGCCAUUUGUUUCUAAGUUUUGUAAAGCCGUUAUUGCACAAGUGCCCGUCAUGAAACCAGAGUCGCCAGACGUGGUCAUUCGAAUCGCCGAAUUGACGGGUGUAAGUGAUCCUAAUCAGGAUGACAACUCCAUCCAUUGGAAUUCUUUAUCGUAUUUACGUGAAAGGCUUGUGACCACGACGGAGUGCUGGCGGGAGCUCUACCGAGAGGUACCUUGUUUACCAUCUGCCCAGCCUUUCGGCACCAUCGACGAUAUUCUUAAUCUAGUUGUCCCAGCAGCUAGUGAUAACGAAGAUGCCUUGAAGCCUGCUCAGGUAUUUGUGUGUGGAUCACUCUACCUCGUAGGUAACGUUCUCCAACUGAUAAAAAAACAUAUCACGGAGAAACAUCACAUGUAA